AGGUGGUGGGCCGUGGCCGAGGCACCCACCAGUGGGCAUGGCCCUGCUCCUGCUGAGCCUGGGGCUGAGCCUGGUCUCCACCCAGGAGCUCAACCCCCAAGCCAUCGUGCGGAAAAACUAUGACAUGGCCAAGGUGUCGGGGGUCUGGUACUCAGUGUCCAUGGCCUCGGAUGACAUGAAGCGGAUUGAGAAAGAUGGGGACUUGAGGGUCUUCAUACAGAAUAUCGAAAGCUUAGAAGACGGCAGUCUGAAGUUCAAUUUCCAGUUCAUGGUGCUCGGGGAGUGCGUGAAGGUGGCCGUGGUCUGUGAGAAGACGGACAGGAACGGGGAGUACACCGUCAACUACGAGGGGGACAACAGGGUGCUCCUCUCGGAGACCGACUACAAACUGUACAUCACCUUCCAUCUCCGGAACAUGAGGAAUGGGACAGAGACCAACGUGCUGGCACUCUAUGGACGGGUGCCAGACCUGAGUCCCAGCUUCCUGGAGAGGUUUGAGAAAGUCUGCAGAAAGUACGGGCUGGGUCCUCAGAACAUCCUCAGCCUGAGCGACCAAAACGACUGUUGCAAAUACAAGAAGUAGAGGAGCCCACCCAGGCCUCCAGACUAGAAGCACUUGUCCCUUAGACAUCCCUCCAAGAAAUACGGAAACGAGCACCCCGACACCAUCCGCACACAUGCCCAGCAGCCCUGCUCACGGUUGCCCUCCGGAAACGGCCUGACGCCCCCGGCCCAGGCGCCUGGGGACCCGGCCCAGCAUGAACGGGAAUGGGCUGGGAGGUCUCCAGGCGGUGGUGUCGAGCGACAGCCACCAACCCCAGAAGGCCACACUUGACGAUUUACCAUUGGAUCGGUUGAGUUGUCUGGAAAACCACAGAAACAGAGAACCACGGUGUGGG